CCUGCAAUACAGCAAGUCGUUAAGACGUUUACAACUAAAUAAUUUACAAAAAAAUUAAAACAAAACCCUAAACCUAGAAAUGGCUUUCUUUAAAUCCUUGAUCUGUUUGGCUGUCGUUGGCGUAGCCACAGCUGGUGUUUUACAUGGUGCUCAUGGUGGUCCUGGUCUGUAUGCUGGUGCUCCAGCUGUCUAUGCUGGUCAUGGCCAUGGCCACCCCGAUGAAGGUUUAGAUUAUCAUGCCUACCCCAAGUAUCACUACAACUACGGUGUUGCUGACUCACAUACCGGUGAUGUGAAAUCCCAACACGAAGUACGUGAUGGUGAUGUUGUCAAGGGCUCCUACUCCUUGGUUGAACCUGACGGUUCAGUGCGCACUGUCGAAUAUACCGCUGACGAUCACAAUGGUUUCAAUGCUGUUGUCCACAAAACUGCCCCCACUGUACAUGCUGUUGCCGCUCAUGCUGCCCCAGCUGUGGUACAUGCUGCUCCUGCCGCACCUGCCUAUCAUGCCGGUCCAGCUGUGUAUGCUCAUGCCGCUCCCGCUGUUGCCCAUCAUGUUGCUGCCGCCCCAGCUGUACCAUACGCUUCCGUAGCGCAUCAUGCCCCCGCCGCUAUUGCUGUUGGUCAUGGUUAUGCCGGUUAUGGACACGGUGCUCAUGGCCAUUAUUAAGAAGCCAUUUUCUAACAAUCACUGUUUUAUAAAUUGUAAAUUAUUUAGUGUAGU